AUGAGAGACUUGUGCAUCCAGCAGUCGGCAACGGCACAGGAUAUAUGGCGCGCCCAUCGGGUGUUAGCAAUCAAACAUCAUCCGGAUAAACAGCCUCCAGGAGCAAAAGUUGAUACCGAAAAGUUCCGCAUAAUUCAAGAGGCGUACGAAUAUCUCCGAGACGAAUCCAAACGUAGCCGAUACGAUACGCAUUAUGAGAACCUCAAAGAGAAGUGGAGAGCAUGCCAGGAAUGGCAGAAUAAGGAGUGUGAACGAGAACGACAAGAAAAAGCAGAGGAAGAGAGGCAGAGGCAAGCUGGCGAAGCUGAACAAGCUCGUAGACAAGAGGAGGCCAGAAAGAGAGAGCGGGCUGAGCGUCUCAGGAGAGCUGUCGAGGAGGAAGAAAGGAAACGAAGAGAACGUGAGCACGAGGCUCAGCGUCAAAAACAGGAAGAUCUUCAGAGAGAGAAAAGGGAAGCGCGAGAGAGGCUGAGAAAGCUGAAGGAGGAGUUUGCGGAGCUGCGGUCGAGGGAAGCAGCACAAAAAGCUCGAGAACAACAAGAAAAAGACGCCCAUGACAGACUCCGUCGAGAAGAAGAAAAUGCCAGAGAGCUCAAGCUUCAACAGGAACAUUCUGCUAGAGAGUACAUCCGUCGACAGAAACAAGCCGAGGCCGAGAGGAAAAGCAGGGCUGCCGCGGAGCGGGCACAGAAGCAAAUGGAAAAGGCAGCACAGGAGCGGCUCAAGAUGUUGAACAUUGAGGAGAAGCUGGGCUUUGCUCUUCAAUCCUUUCAAGCAGGAGAGCAGGUGUAAUCAUACGAGAUACGGCUGGCCGAGAAAGAAAGGAGAAGCAACCUGCACGUUCUGUGGGGAGAGAAGAGCAAAGUUUUCAUUUCGUUGCCCUGACUGCGAUGCCGCAGCUUGCCCAGUAUGCAAAGCUAAAUACUGUCAUUUUCGACAUUUUAUCGAUGAACAUUAUCAAAUGGAGUACUUGAUGAACAACACCCAGGCAAUGAUGAUCAGCGAGCACACCAAGCCAAUACCUGCUGUGGUAUACCCCUUUGAGGGCUUACGUCCAACGCAAUCCUCAAGCUUACCCUCUUUCUCAAGCUUCAUGCGCUUCUUGUUGUUGAUGCUAAGAAUUCCCGAGAGAUACCUGCG